UGCGCGGGGAGGCGAAUUCCCUGCUGAGCGUUAUGUGUGCCUUCUAUUUGCAAUUGCAGAGCAAUAUAUUCGGCGGUCUGGACGAGAGCCUGCUGGCCCGCGCCGAAGCCCUGGCAGCGGUGGACAUCGUCUCCCCGAGCAAGAGCCACCACCACCACCCGCCGCACCACAGCCCCUUCAAGCCGGACGCCACGUACCACACCAUGAACACCAUCCCCUGCACCUCGGCCGCCUCCUCCUCCUCCGUGCCCAUCUCCCACCCGUCCGCCCUGUCGGGCACCCACCACCACCAUCACCACCACCACCACCACCACCACCAGCCGCACCAGGCGCUGGAGGGGGAACUCUUGGAGCACCUGACGCCGGGGCUGGCGCUGGGGGCCAUGGCGGCCCCCGACGGCGCCGUGGUCUCCACGCCGGGCCACGCUCCGCACAUGGCCGGCAUGAACCCCAUGCACCCGGCGGCGCUGGGCAUGGCCCACGCCCACGGGCUGCCGGCCCACAUGGGCUGCAUGAGCGACGUGGACGCCGACCCCCGCGACCUGGAGGCCUUUGCCGAGCGCUUCAAGCAGCGCCGCAUCAAGCUGGGGGUGACCCAGGCCGACGUGGGCUCGGCGCUGGCCAACCUGAAGAUCCCGGGGGUGGGCUCCCUCAGCCAGAGCACCAUCUGCCGCUUCGAGUCCCUCACCCUCUCCCACAACAACAUGAUCGCCCUCAAGCCCAUCCUGCAGGCCUGGCUGGAGGAGGCCGAGGGCGCCCAGCGGGAAAAAAUGAACAAGCCCGAGCUCUUCAAUGGGGGCGAGAAGAAGCGCAAGCGGACUUCCAUCGCCGCCCCGGAGAAGCGCUCGCUGGAGGCGUACUUCGCCGUCCAGCCCCGGCCCUCCUCCGAGAAGAUCGCCGCCAUCGCCGAGAAAUUGGACCUCAAAAAGAACGUGGUGCGGGUUUGGUUUUGCAACCAGAGACAGAAGCAGAAACGGAUGAAAUUUUCCGCCACCUACUAG